AUGUAAUGUUUAUCAUGGCUUUACUCCAUCCUUGAUAAGUAACAUGUAUGUAAUCUCAACAUGAUUGGAAAUCUUAAGCUUAUUUGGCCGGGAUCAAAGUCUCUGCACGCAGUCCAUUCAUGAAUUUGUCGGGAGAGAAGGCGGGACCAUCUCCAGUUUUGGAAAGCUCAUUGGAUGGUGAUACUUCUCCUUUAAGCUAUUGGCUCCUUGGAGUCACGGUCAAGAGUUCAGAGUGCAAAGGCCGGCGGCCAUUUUGUAGAUCAGAUCGCUAUAAUGUUUAUGCGUGAAAGUAUGGCUCCACUCUCGCCAGCAGCUGGUUUGGAUAUCAGUGCACCUUUUCAUGGAUGUAUAUCGACGAAUGAAGGUGUUGUGGACAUAUGUUUAUGGAUUAGAUUGCCUGGUCAUUUGCCUUCGAACUAUUUCAGCUGUCGGAAUGUUAUGGAUCUGCAGACCAGCGGGAGGCUGAGAGCAUUUUCAGGAAGUGACAAGCAUAAGAUGUUCUCACCUCGCAGCGCUUGAGCUCAGUGCAGUUGUUGACAUGAGAUAUGAAGCUGUUUGGACUGUGUUUCUCUGCUGGGGUCAUGAUGAUCUGCUGCUGCUGUCUUAUACAUGUCAGAGGCAAUGGUGUUUGUCAAAGGAAGUUUAUUAAAAGAAUAAAUGUAACCACUGAACUGGAGUCUAACGUCCUGCUGCCUUGUCUGUUUGAUCCAGAUCUCUUUAGAUCUUUAAAACUGAGCACAAAUUCAACUGCUGACUGGAGUCAGAUUAAUACAACUGUUCAGCACAUAGUAGAGAUCAAAGUAAAUGGUGAAUCAAGUUUCUGGGAUAACAGACGUGGUAGAAUUAAAGCUUUCUCUUCUCAGUCUGGAUCUGGAAACUUCUCCAUCCUCAUUAAUAAAGUGCAGAGCUCUGAUCUCGGUCUCUAUCAAUGUGAACUCUUCAGAGAAUUCAACUGUUCUCUGGCCUAUACAGAAAUCAGUCUCGCUCUUGUGGAGUUUUUAUUUCUUGAUAACUGGCAGCUCGUGAUUCCAGCAGCAACAGGAGGAGGAUUUCUGCUUCUCUGUCUCGUCUCUCUCUCUGUUUACUUUGCGUGGAUAAAACGGCAAGCACUCAUCAGUGCACCAGUUGAACACGGAGCAAACAACUGUCUUAACAUUGUUUCCUCAGAUAUUCCAGGACAAACAGAUGAAGUAACCUAUGCAUCAAUUGAUCAUAAAUCCCGUCACCACCAGGAAAGUGAAGUUCUUGCAAAUAAAAGUCCCACAAAUCCAUCUAAAUUCGAGCAUAUCAACUCAGAGACUGUCCUGUACGCUGCUGUCAAAAGAAGAGACAAGUGAGCUGCAAAGAAUCCAAAUCAAAGAACUCUCUCUUUUAUUACUUAGAUUUUGCCUGCAACCAUCUUGUGUAGUUUGGAAAAUGUUGUUUAGCAUAUCUUGGAAAUAAAAUGACCAUUUAAAAUAGGAGAAUUAUGUAAUUUCAUGGGGAUUUGAAUUAGAUAUAGGUUUUAAGUUUUAAAAUAAUUCAAGUGACUAAAAUGUAGUAAAUGAGGAAGAUCCACAAACCUUGUCUGGAUCAAAAUCAAACAAAUAUUAACAUUUGUUGUAAUAACUGUAUCAGUAGCAACAAGCUGACUUCCCUUAAAAAAAGGGAAUAAAUCUAUUUUGGAAUUGUU